UAUAAGAUUCCUAAAAACCUUACCUUUUUCAUUUGACAAACAAUGGCCGGAAUCGGACCUUUAACCCAAGACUGGGAACCCGUUGUUAUUCGUAAAAAAGCCCCAACCGCCGCCGCCAAGAAGGAUGAGAAAGUCGUAAACGCCGCUCGUCGUGCUGGUGCCGAGAUCGAAUCCGUCAAAAAAUCAAAUGCAGGGACGAACAGGGCCGCAUCAAGUAGUACAUCUCUAAACACAAGGAAGCUUGAUGAAGAAACUGAAAAUCUUGCUCAUGAUCGAGUGCCAACCGAACUGAAGAAAGCCAUCAUGCAUGCUCGAGUGGAAAAGAAACUUACCCAAGCACAACUUGCUCAGUUGAUCAAUGAGAAACCUCAGAUCAUACAAGAGUACGAAUCUGGAAAAGCCAUUCCUAACCAACAGAUAAUCGGUAAACUCGAGAGGGCUCUUGGUGCAAAGCUGCGAGGUAAGAAGUAAGGCAAGUUGGGUCUUUUUUCCUUUUGUGGUGUAAAUGAUUGUUCUCUACCGUUAUGGUUUUGCUUGUAAGAACAGUGUUUUGGACUUUGUGGUGACCAUGAAAUGAAGUGUGUUCUUCAAAAAUAUAUAUAA